ACAGUGCUAGCAUAGUGAAAAUUUAUUAUCUUCCGACAAUACAGUUAAUUUUAGGGCGCGGUGUAAGUGAAACGAAAAUGGAGUAAGCUUUCAAUGCAAACAAAAGUGAAAUUGUCGAGGGCUACUGCACAUGUCAAAAUCUCUAGUAUUCUAUUCCACUCAACCUUUGUCGCUGGGCAGACGCAAAAAGUUUAGGAAAAAGCGCGCGUAUACCGUACAUUACUCUAUCCUUUCAGCAGAACACACAAAGUAUGGCUUCGUUGAGCGCGUUCAUCAACGUCUUAAAACGGGAACUAUUCUCUGCAAGUAAAAAGACACCGUUGAAAACUUUGGUGACAAUUCUAGUCGUCUUUGCUUUGGAAAAAUUGUUAACAGCAACGAAAACGUUCAAAUGUCCAAAGGAAGGCUAUCAAGUGUAUGGCGGUAUGUUCUUAUUCGUUCCGGCAUUUUGUCUAUCGGGUUUGGCUUUGCUAACGAGUAGUUCGUUCUGGGAUUCGGCUACAAGUCGGUUAAGAGGUAAAUACGGACAAAGAAUUGUAUGUUCGAAUAUAUGUAGUGAUCUGGCGAAGGCAGUUUUGGUCGGAGUGGCUUGGCUUGUGCUGGCGUUUGGCACGACAGAUUUUUAUGUGUGUUUUCGCGUCGGGGCGACGGAAUCGGAUAGCAGGAGAGACAGAAUACGAGCGGAGUCGACAAUGGUGGCUUGGGCAACGCUUGUUGUCAUUAUAACUACGAGUUUGUUGUAUCUUGCGUUGAAGAAAUGCUGCUGUUCACGACAUCACAGGGAAUGUGCUAUCCAUACACUACGAGACUACGAAAGGUAAGCAUAGAUAUCGAAGGAACUAGACUCAGUUCCGAAAUAUCACAUACUCGAAC